AUGACAGAGCAACAUUGCAAGUUUGACCCAGAAUAUUCUCCGCAUCAUGGAUUCAUGAACUUUACUGAUGGUGAAGACUCUACCAUUAUAGAAACAUUUGCAACGUUAGUAUUAUGUUUGAAAGCAAAAA